UCGAAGAAGAAGAAACAUAACUAAAAGCACCGGAAUGGAUGUAGCAGAUCGUACUACUGGAAGCACAAACGUUCGAGAUGAGCUUUCUGAGCGAUGUCAAAAGCUUUUCCAAGACUUCUUAGAGGAGUUUAAAGUCGAUGGUGAAGUUAAAUACCUCGCUGAUGCUCAAGAACUAAUACGACCAGAAAGAAACACACUUGUGGUCAGUUAUAGUGACUUGGAAACGUUUAACGCACAGCUAUCGACCAUUAUUCAAGAGGAAUAUUACAGAGUUUUUCCAUACUUAUGCCGUGCUGUAAGGAAUUUUGCCAGGGACAGAGGACAAGUUCCUCCAAAUAAGGAAUUUUAUGUCAGCUUUAUAGACUUACCUACCAGACACAAAAUCCGUGAAUUAACCAGUCAAAGGAUUGGAACUCUUUUAAGAAUAAGUGGACAAGUUGUUCGUACACAUCCAGUCCAUCCAGAAUUGAUUACUGGAACGUUUGUUUGCCUUGAUUGUCAAACAGUAAUUAAAGAUGUUGAGCAGCAAUUCAAAUAUACACAGCCUACAGUUUGUCGAAACCCUAUUUGCCAAAACAGAGCAAGAUUUAUGCUUGACAUUGAUAAAUCAAGAUAUGUAGACUUUCAAAAAGUCCGGAUUCAAGAAACUCAAGCUGAACUCCCAAAAGGCUGCAUUCCAAGAAGUGUGGAGAUAAUCCUUCGAGCUGAAGCAGUAGAGCAAGCACAAGCUGGUGACAAGUGUGACUUUACAGGAACAUUAAUAGUAGUUCCUGACGUUGGACAACUGACAACACCAGGUGCAAGGGCUGAGUCAUCUGAACGUCAAAGGUCAGGAGACGGUUAUCAGGCAGAAGGAGUCAGGGGUCUCAAGGCUCUUGGUGUUAGAGAUUUGACCUACAGAAUGGCUUUCCUUGCCUGUAGCGUUCAGUCCACCAAUCCUAGGUUUGGAGGAAAAGACUUGGAUGAUGAGGACAUGACAGCAGAAUCAAUCAAAAAACAAAUGACUGAACAAGAAUGGCACAAAGUUUAUGAAAUGAGUCAGGAUAAGAAUUUAUACCAGAAUAUAUUGAACAGUAUUUUCCCGACGAUCCACGGUAAUGACGAGGUUAAACGUGGAGUACUUCUUAUGCUGUUUGGUGGUGUCCCAAAGAAAACAACAGAAAAGACAAGUCUUCGAGGUGACAUUAAUAUUUGUGUGGUUGGUGACCCAAGCACAGCUAAGAGUCAAUUCCUAAAACAUGUUGAGGAAUUUAGCUCAAGGGCUGUUUACACAUCUGGGAAAGCAUCCAGUGCAGCAGGUUUAACAGCUGCUGUUGUGAGAGAUGAAGAAUCCAAUGAAUUUGUCAUUGAAGCUGGAGCUCUUAUGCUUGCAGAUAAUGGAGUUUGCUGUAUUGAUGAAUUUGACAAGAUGGACCCUAGAGACCAAGUAGCUAUUCAUGAGGCCAUGGAACAGCAAACUAUUUCACUUACCAAAGCCGGAGUUAAGGCAUCUUUAAAUGCAAGGACAUCUGUGCUUGCUGCUGCAAAUCCAAUUGGUGGAAGAUAUGACAGAAGCAAGUCUUUACAGCAAAAUGUCAAUAUGUCAGCUCCAAUCAUGUCACGAUUUGACCUGUUUUUCAUCUUGGUGGAUGAAAGCAAUGAGGUGACAGACUAUGCAAUUGCCAGAAGAAUAGUUGAUCUUCAUAGAAGAAGAGAGGAGUCUGUUGAAAGAGUGUAUUCUGUGGAUGAAGUCCAAAGAUACAUAACUUUUGCAAGGCAGUUCAAACCUACUAUUACAAAGGAGGCCCAAGAUUUUAUGGUUGAACAGUACAAACAUCUAAGAGAAAGAGAUAGUAGUAGCACUGCGCGAUCAGCAUGGAGAAUUACUGUAAGACAACUUGAAAGUAUGAUUCGUCUGUCUGAAGCAAUGGCUAGACUUUAUUGCCAAGAUCAGGUUCAGCCAAAACAUGUCAAAGAAUCCUUCCGACUCCUUAAUAAAUCAAUCAUCCGUGUAGAAACACCCGAUAUACAGUUUGAUGAAGAAGAUGAAGAACAAAAUGAAGAAAAUGAAGGUACACUUAUAAUUAAAAAAAUCUUGUGUUCCAGAAGUCAAGGUCAUGUAGAACAAAACAAUUUAACAAUUAACAUUUAUAUAGAUAUGGAGACUGACGCCAAAGAACCAGCUACUUCUGCUUCACAUACAACCCAUAUAAGACUCUCCUUUGAUAAAUACAAGGCCAUUGCUAAUCUGAUAGUACACUUUAUAAAACAACAUGAAGAGAAAGCUGAAGCAGAAAAUAUCCGUAGAAGUGAUGUUGUAAAUUGGUAUCUGAAAGAAAUUGAAAGCGAGAUUGAAAGUGAGGAAGAAUUGAGUCAGAAGAAGAUUUUGACUGACAAAGUCUUGGACAGACUUAUUGAGCAUGACAAAAUUAUUCUUGCACUAAGGGAAUCUGAAGAUGGCAAGACCAAGGAAGAUGAUGAUCCAUUCUUAGUUGUGCAUCCAAACUAUUGCAUUGAAUGAUACACUCAAAUGUUUCAUUACUGUUAAGCUAAUUUUUUCCUGCAAUAUUAUAUGGCUUACAUACAUGUACAGGUGUGUGUUUAGUGUCUAGUUAUUGUUUGUAUUAGGUUAGCUGAACAUUGUAACUACUGUAAGAUCUUUAUUCACAGUAACAAUUUAUUAAUGGUUUUAAAGCAUAUAAUUGUGUUACUUCUAAAUUAUUUGAUUGUUUUACAAUAAAACCACUGACUGGCUGUAAAAGGGCAAAGUGUUAAUAAUAAAUAGAUUAUUUCCUUUAAUCUGAUCUUAUGAUGGGUAUCWCUUUAUGGCAGUAUAUUAUGCACAUGAUACAAAAUGUAGUAUGGGCCACUUGAAGUACAUUAGCUACAAACUGUGUUGAUGUAAAUAAUAGAGAUAUUGAAAGCAAAGACACAGCACUGAAAUGCAGGAAUAUUUCACCAUUAGAAUCAGCUCACAGAGAAUCAGAAAUUUUUUUGUCAGGCGUCAUAGGCACUUUAAUGCAAAUUGAUGUUGUACAAUUUAUGUGCUUGCUUUGAUGCCAUACUUUGUUAAUUUGAUCAUAAUUACCAUGUACAAAACCAUGAUCUUUAGACAUUUUCAUUUGACUAAUGUAGAUAUCACAUUGAAUCUAUUGUUUUCACUUGUUCUUGACAUCCAAUAUAUACUAACUAAAUAGCUGCUAGUGAAAUAGUGGUUACAUGGUCAAGUAAAAAUGACUAUAGUGCUUAGCAGUAUUAUUAAUAAUCUUUGCACUCUUUGAGUUAAAAUUUGUAAAAAAAAGCUUUGUGAAGAAGAGUUAAUAAUUUCAUUAAAUUUCAAAGAAGUUGUUGACAGGUGGUGAUUUACUUUAUAGGAUUUAUUAAGUGCAUGGAAAAUUGUAAUUUCACACUGAACAUCUAUGUACAAUAAACGUUUGAUUUCCUUUUA